GCAGCCUCUCCUGUUUACCAACAGCACUGCGAGCUGCGCUUUUCUCGCAUGGAGAGAAGCUCAUCGCUGCGCUCCUUUCGGCACUUGUGCCAGUAAUAGCAACUGAAUGUGAAAUAUUCAUCCAAAGGGUUCUGUCUAGAAAGGAAAACACCGAAUGUGAGGAAAGUGUUUUGGAGUGGAAUGUUGCCAUCUUCUGCUGUAUUUUUCUACUCACUGACUUGACAGAAAAGCGCUGACUUGGAUUUAAAGGGUUGAUAAGCUAUUUCUGCAGGACCGGAGCUCAGCAAGUUCAAGGUUGCUGCAUGUCAAUAUACGAAAUCAGGAGAUUCACUGGACAAGAUGGUGUCUUAUUUCCAUCCUUCUGGCUGGCUUCUACUUACAGUUUCAUGUUAUUGGAUAGAGACAAUGUCAUCACUCAACCUAGAGGAUCCCAAUGUCUGCAGCCACUGGGAAAGCUAUUCUGUGACAGUACAGGAAUCCUAUGCUCAUCCAUUUGAUCAGGUUUAUUACACGAGCUGCACAGAUAUACUGAACUGGUUCAAGUGCACACGCCACAGAAUUAGCUACAAAAUAGCUUAUAGACGUGGAGAAAAAACUAUGUACAGAAGAAAAUCACAGUGCUGCCCUGGGUUUUUUGAAAACAGGGAGCUGUGCAUCCCUCACUGUGCUGAUAAAUGUGUCCAUGGUCGUUGCAUUGCUCCCAACACCUGUCAAUGUGAGCCUGGCUGGGGUGCACCCAACUGCUCCAGUGCAUGCGAUAAUGACCACUGGGGCCCUCACUGCAGUAACCGCUGCCAGUGUAAGAAUGGAGCACUCUGUAAUCCUAUCUCUGGUGCGUGCCACUGUGCUCCUGGUUUCAGAGGUUGGCGUUGUGAGGAACGCUGUGACAGUGGCAUGUAUGGGAAUGAUUGUCAUCAGAAAUGCCAGUGCCAGAAUGGUGCAACCUGUGAUCAUGUGACUGGUGAAUGCAAAUGUCCACCUGGGUAUACUGGUGCUUUCUGUGAGGAUCUGUGCCCACCCGGUAAGCAUGGCUCCCAGUGUGAAGAAAGAUGCCCUUGUCAAAAUGGCGGUGUGUGCCACCAUGUGACUGGAGAAUGUUCCUGCACCCCAGGCUGGAUGGGCACAGUCUGUGGUCAGCCUUGCCCUGAGGGAAGAUUUGGAACAAACUGCUCUCAGGAAUGUCAGUGUCAUAAUGGUGGAACAUGUGACUCAGCAACAGGACAAUGUCACUGCAGCCCUGGUUACACAAGAGAACGAUGCCAGGACCAGUGUCCAGUAGGCACUUAUGGGCUAAAAUGUGCUCAGAAUUGUCAGUGUGUGAAUGGUGGGAAGUGUUACCACAUUAGUGGUGCUUGUCUCUGUGAGCCAGGCUACACAGGAGAACUUUGUGAAAUCAGACUGUGCCCAGAUGGGGUCUACGGAAUUAAGUGCGACAGGAAGUGCCCAUGUCACCUACCAAAUACAAAGAGCUGUCACCCUAUGUCUGGUGAAUGCUCCUGUAAGUCAGGUUGGUCAGGACUGUACUGCAAUGAAACAUGUGCACCAGGGUUCUAUGGAGAAGACUGCCAACAAAUCUGCAGCUGCCAGAAUGGUGCAGACUGUCACACAGGGACAGGAACGUGCAUCUGUGCCCCUGGAUUUACUGGAGAAGACUGCUCAACCCCUUGUACACCAGGGACAUAUGGAGUCAACUGUUCCUCAGUUUGUAACUGUAAAAAUGGUGCCAUCUGUUCGCCUGUGGAUGGCUCAUGCACCUGUAAAGCAGGCUGGCAUGGAGUAGACUGUUCAAUUAACUGCCCAAGAGGGACAUGGGGCCUUGGCUGUAAUCUGACCUGUCAGUGCCUUAAUGGUGGAGCAUGUAAUGCCUUAAAUGGAACCUGCACUUGUGCCCCAGGAUGGCGGUCUGAGAAAUGUGAACUUCCCUGCCAGGAUGGCACCUAUGGAAUGAACUGCGCAGAACGGUGUGACUGCAGUCACGCGGAUGGAUGUCACCCAGCAACUGGCUAUUGCCGCUGCCUUGCAGGAUGGACAGGUAUCCACUGUGACAGCGUGUGUACUGAAGGGCACUGGGGUCCAAAUUGCUCUCUGCCAUGUGAUUGUAAGAAUGGGGCAUCCUGCUCUCCUGAUGAGGGGACCUGUGAGUGCGCACCUGGAUACAGAGGAAAUACCUGCCAGAGAAUUUGUUCUCCUGGAUUCUUUGGCCAUCGCUGUAGUCAGGCAUGCCCGCAAUGUGUGCACAGUAAUGGUCCCUGCCACCAUGUCACUGGACAGUGUGACUGCCUACCUGGAUUUACUGGAGCACUCUGCAAUGAAGUUUGCCCCAGUGGAAGGUUUGGAAAACACUGCUCUGGUCUCUGCACUUGUACCAACAAUGGAACCUGUAAUCCCAUUGAUGGCUUAUGCCAGUGUUACCCUGGAUGGAUCGGUAGUGACUGUUCACAACCCUGCCCUCCUGGUCACUGGGGCCCAAAUUGUAUUCAUACAUGUAACUGCCACAAUGGGGCAUACUGCAGUGCAUACGAUGGAGAAUGCAAAUGCACCCCUGGAUGGACUGGACUCUACUGCACACAGCGGUGCCCACUGGGAUAUUUUGGGAAGGACUGUGCUCAGACAUGCCAGUGUCAAAAUGGAGCAGACUGUGACCAUAUAACUGGGCAGUGCACCUGCCGCACAGGAUUCAUGGGAAGACAGUGUGAACAAAAAUGCCCAUCUGGAACUUAUGGCUAUGGGUGCCGCCAGGUUUGUGACUGCCUCCACAAUUCCACUUGUGACCACAUAACAGGAACAUGUUACUGCAGCCCAGGAUGGAAAGGUGCCAGAUGUGACCAAGCUGGAGUAGUCAUUGGAAACCUGAAUCACCUCAGCCGCACCAGCACUGCAAUCCCUCCAGACUCCUACCAGAUAGGUGCAAUCGCUGGCAUCAUAAUCCUUAUCCUGAUUAUCCUUGUCCUGCUGGUGUUGUUCAUCAUUUAUCGACGUAAGCAGAAAGGGAAGGAGUCAAAUAUGCCUGCAGUCAGCUAUACACCAGCUCUUCGGGCCCUUAAUGGAGACUACACUGUAUCAGAUGGCAUGCCUCACAGCAAUAAUGGGGGAAAUCCCAACAGCCAUUACUUCUCCAACCCCAGCUAUCACACCCUUUCCCAAUGCACCAGCUCACCUCGUAACAACAACAUGGAUAGGACACCUCUUGGAAAGUCAAAAAACAACCAGCUGUUUGUAAACUUGAAGAAUACAGACUCUAGAAAACGUGGUCCUAUGGUUGAUUAUACUGGAACCCUGCCAGCAGACUGGAAACAUGGUGGUUACCUCAAUGAAUUUGAUCUUGUGAAGAACACAGCAUACAGUUCAAGCACUUGUUCUCUAAACAGCACUGAGAACCCAUACGCCACUAUAAAAGAUCCACCAAUAUAUAUACAGAAGAAUACAGAGAGUGGCUAUGUGGAGAUGAAAUCACCAGUACGAAGAGAUUCUCCCUAUGCUGAAAUUGAGAAUUCUUCAUCAACUACCAAGAAUGUUUAUGAAGUUGAGCCCACAGUGAGUGUUGUUCAAGGAACCUGCACUGGCAGCUUAUCUUUCAGCCAAGAAACUUAUGAUCUACCAAAAAACAGCCACAUUCCUUGCCAUUAUGACAUACUGCCUGUUCGAGACAAUCCAACAUCUCCAGAGAAGAUUGCAAACACUGAAUGAUGGGAGAAUAUUUUGAAAAAAUGGACAGUGGAACAAGCAGCACUAUGAAUGAUGCUGGGAUAAACUGUGAUCUGCAGUUGCUUUGUUAGUGUGACACUGCAUUUGGCUGCCAGCCUCUUGAUUCAUGACAUAUUAACAGACAAUCUUGACUGAUGCUUUAGGAACAAGGCAGCCAGACCAGUUGAUGCAGCAGCAAAUGGGACCCUGUUUAGACUUUGGCAGCUUCGAAAUAAUUUUGGAGGUAACAGGGACACCAAGAUAUCACAAUGCAUCUUUCUUAACACAUGCUGAUUACCAGAUUAUAAUUUUUUAAAGAAAUUCUUAGAAAGGAAGAAAAAAAACUAUGUUUAAAGAUAUGGAACACAGAGACAGUAUGUUUGCAUUCCUCACAAGGGAACUGAUUAAAUAUCUACACUGCUUCAUUCCGCAAAUCAGACCAUAUUAUUCAGCCAUUCCAUUAACACAGCUCAUGUAUGGGCAUAUCAAUUAGCAUUUCCUGAAUGCAAAAUUGUAAUCAUAGUUGUUUCUGAUUCUUCUUUUUUAACACUAAUACAGUUUUUGUUUUCCUGGAUUUUGUAUCUUUGAAAACAAAAAGCAUUAAAGCGAGUGACAGUGCGUAAUGUAGCAAGGAAAAAAAAACAUCAAGGGUAACGCUCCUGAGAGUUGCCAUUCUGCACUCAUUUUCUUAUAUCUGUUUGAAAGCACCUUUUCUGUUUAUUACAGAAAGUAGAACAUAUAUGCUUAAGCUGGUCUUUUGCAUUGCUAUUGACAUUUUCCAUGCAGUGUUGUUUUCCGUAUCUUCAUUGUAGGGCUAUGCAUUUAUGUGUGUCAAAUGCUUUACCUUUGAUUGUUGUUAUGAUACGUAUUUCUUACCCUGUGUCUAUUUAUAGCUGAGUGCAGGAUGCAACAUUUUGCUUGAUCUGUUGUUUGACUGAUGAAUUUUAGAACUGAUGUUGUGUAACAGUAACUAGUUUAAGACCACAGAGUCCCUUCUGACUCUUUAAGCCAUUGAAUAAUGGCAUUUCCUGAGGUGCCAAAGCAAUUGUGUUAAAACUAUACAAAAUAAGUUUAAAGUGCAGAACUGAUAUAUUCAUUUGCAAGUAACUCAUCUUGUACAGAAAGAACUGUAAUGGAACCUAGGGCAAAAAAUAUAUCACCAAGAUUUUGCUGUACGAGCAAGGUUUUGCAUCCUAACAAAGGCAGAGAUGUAUUUGUCUUUUGUAAAGGCAUUAUCCAUUCUUCUAGUCACAACUCUUGCAGGACAGUAAACAAAUGUAGACUAAAUAAUCAGUAGCCUUUAUUAAAAAUAUAAAGUGAAACCCAGUGUGUAAAAAUUUUAAUUCAUGAGAAGUACCAAAAACAAAUGAUUAAAGUGCCAGUGCAUUUUAUGUUUCUUGCUAGCUGUGUUCCAUAAGGGGAUAUGACAUCAUUAAAUUACUGUGCAUUUCACACUAUACAAGUAGGGUGCGUUGCGAGGUGGCUGAAAUACCAAGGACUGAGUCACUGCUCUUCACAGAGAUCUCUGUGCUGACAUCAGUGAAGUUUAUGUUUUAUGUGUAUAUGUUUCAUGGUACAAUGCAGAACUUUUCUGCUGUCAGUGGAUAUAUGGCAGCCCUUUAUGGGGUAGCAGUAUAACCAGUGAAUAGACUAUGGUAAUCAGGAGUUUAAGCAUUAGUUAAAGUAUACCGUAAGUCACAGAGUCUGAAUUAGACUUUUUCUUCAAAAUAAACUGGAGAGUAGUAACAAAAAGUCCACAAUCAGCCCACAGUGCAACCUGUUUUUGAAACAGGCAUAUGGAGCAAAGCUUAAUUUUGUGUGACAAACAAAAAUACAGGCUAUUAACGUGACUCUGAUAAACAGUAUUCCAGAUAUUUCUUUUCAGUGACUAAAUCAUAAUGCACACUGUAGCCGGGAACAUCAAGGCUGUUUUGGAUUGCUUGUCUAAAGACCCUCUAUUAGGCACUUUGACAGCUGCACCAUUAUGUACCAGACCACACAGCCUGUACAAAUUGUAUAAUAGUAAUAGGUGUAGAUAGCUGUAAAUCACCUGCCACUUGUGUGUCUGCGUGCUUGUAUUAGGGGAAGGGGUACUGAGGCAGAGUAUGUAGGAGUGUUUGAUAAAGGAACUGAAAAUUGUACAGAAUAAAACCUCAGCUCAGUCUGAUGUACUAAUUGAAGAGCUGUCUGCACUCUGUUGAAUUCUUGUCUAUCCACUCUGAGCAUAAUCCUCAGAGAAGACUGUUCAUGUUUUCUAUGUAAAUUGUAACAUAAUAUUUUAAUUGUAUAAGAUACAGAUUUCUUGUUUGCAGUUACAAUGGGGGAAACCUUAUUUGGUUUCAUGAUGUUUUAAUUUUCCAAAGAAGGCUGAUGGUUGUUUGAUCCUGUUAUCCUGUAUUACCAUUUAAAUGUAUUCUGCAGCUUGGGCCUAGACUGUUUGCUACAAACUUUCUAAUAAAAAGUCUUUCAGUAUUACUAUA